CAGCAUGUUAGAGUCUGGCUACAUAAAGGUUCUGCUCGCGCUGGCGCUGACGCUGAUGCUGAUGCUGCUGCUUGCUGCAGCUGGUCAGGCACCUGGCGAUGAUGGAGUUGGCUUUCAGCGGGUCUACCAAACGGAGGAGACGGUGCGCCAGAGCAAGGCGCAGGAGAUGCGUCGUCAAAUCAAUCUGCACGCCGAUCCCUGCACAGACUUUUACGAGUACGCCUGCGGCCAUUGGGGGACAGAGGCGACGCCGCAGCUGAGGGCCGAGCGUCGCAUCAGUGUGGAGCUGCAGCGCCUGCUGGAGGAGUCGAUGCACCGCAAGGACAGUGGGCUAGUGCGCCAGGCCAAGGAGUUCUAUCAGUCGUGCCUGGUUGCCGAGGCGCAGCGCAGCCAGCAGCAGGUCUUCCUCAGCGAGUUCAUACAGCAGAAUGGCGGCUUUCCGGCGGUGCCAGGCGCCAAGUGGAGCGCGUACAAUCGGGACUACAACUGGGCGCAGAUAGCCGGCAAACUGAGGCGGCACUACGGCAUGGACAUUCUGAUUGGAUUGCGUGUUAGCUACAACUACGCCAGCGUGCAGGAGAACAGCAUCUACCUCAGCGAGCCCUCGACCCUGAUACCCAGCGAGCUGUGCAGCCAGCGACGUCUCAAUAGACUCGAUGCGGCCUAUGGGGAGCUCGAGCGCCUGGUGACGGAGCAGCUGCGCACCUGGCUGGCCAUGGGCAACGAGGAGUCGGCACGAUUGGCGGCCGAGAUAAUUAGCUUUGAGCUGGAGCUGUGCGGUGGGAUGCAGGGCCUCGAGCCAUGGGAUGCUGAGCUGCAUCUGUACUCGACGAACUUCACGCGCAAGACUCUGGCGGAGCUGGGGCAGCUUUACGGCCUGGACCUCGAGACCUACGUGACGGCCGUCUAUGAGCAAACGGUCUUCAGGCCCGUCUACAUGGCCGCGCCGAACUACUACCGUCAGCUGCAGCGCACGCUGGGCACACGCAACGGCACGCAGAUAGCCAAUUACAUAAUGUAUCGGGCAGUCGGCGCGUUGACGUUUCCGCUCGGGGACACGCCGGAGCACAGGCCGGCCCUCUGCUUGGACAGAGUUAGGCAACUGCUGCCCAGAGCGCUGGGGGAGCUCUAUGCGGCGCGCUACGCCCUGGAGGAGGCGAAGCAGCAGCAGCUGCUGCAGCUCUACGAUCACCUGAAGGAAGCACUCAAGCAUAGCGUCAGCGCCGAGUGGCUGGAGGAGGGCAGUCGUCGCAUCGCCCAGCGCAAGCUGAGCCUACUGCAGCUCUCGAUGCCCAGCUAUGAGCAGCCGCUGGUACUGAAGCUCCAGCUCGAGCGCAACAACUACUGGCACAAUCUGAGGCAGCUCAUGGAGCAAGUGCAGCUGCAGCAGCAGAAGCGAGAGGCCGAGGAGAACCUGCCCCUGCCCACUGACCCAGUUGAGGCGUACGAGACACGCGUGGUCUAUCGGCCGCUGCAGCGGCGUCUGGAAAUGGGCUGGGCGCUGCUGCAGCCCCCCGAGUACGACGAGCGCUACGGCCAUGCCCAGCGCUACGGCACGCUGGGCGUCAGCCUAGCCCGCCCGCUGGUCUCCGCCUUCGAUGAGCUGCACUGGUCGAGGGGCCUGCUCGAGCACGACAAUUGGGACAGACUGACCGCCUGGAGGUACCACAACCGCAGUGAGUGCUUCGCUCGCCAGGUCGAGGAGUACCUGCAGCGCAACGAGACCGCAACGCAGCAGCUGAUAAACGACAGCGCCGCCCUAAAUGUCGCCUUCAAUGCCUACCUUAACUGGCUGAGUCUGCAGGCGCCCAACAACGACUUCGUCCGGCUCAGCAAGGAGACUCUGCCUGGCCUCAACUACUCCAACACGGCGCUCUUCUUCCUCUCCUUUGCCCAGCAGCGCUGCCAGCCCAGGGACAGGGAACAGCACCAGCUCUGGCCCCAGCCAUGGCCCCCGCUCACGUACAGCGCCAGGCAGACGCACAGCUGGACCCGCCUGGCAGUGAAUGGCCCAUUGCGCAACCUGGCCGAAUUCGCACGCGAGUUCCACUGCCCACCUGGAUCAGCAAUGCAUCCACACGACAAGUGUGUCAUCUACUAAUAUACCUACAUAAAUGCACCUUUAAUAAAGUAUU